AUGUCGACUAAAUCGGGAAAGAAAGACAUUGCCGUCGCUAGACCGAGCUCGAGCGUCGUCCUGAUCUCUCCAGAAAAUAAAGUAUUGUUGCUACACAGAGUGAAGACAUCCACUUCAUUUGCCUCUGCACAUGUGUUCCCCGGCGGCAACAUAUCCUCAGAGCAAGACGGUGAGUGCCCUCCUGUCGAAGACAUCACACGGCAUGAUGAUGCCAUCAACUAUCGAAGAGCUGCUAUCCGAGAGCUUUUUGAAGAAAGCGGUAUUCUACUGGCAAAGGAUCGUGUCUCGGGUGAACUUGUUCAUAUUAAUGACGCCGAGAAGGAACGUGGUAGGAAGGAUAUUCAUAACAAUAAAAUAGUCUUUUCUGAGUGGCUCCAUGGGCAAAAUACCGCUGCAGAGCCUGACACAGCUGGUUUAAUCCCAUUUACACGUUGGAUAACGCCGCCGAAUCUCCCAAAGAGAUUUACAACCCAAAUGUAUCUGUACUUCUUACCACUAGUCGAGCAGUCAGAAAAUGCACAUGGUUUACCUAAAGGCGGCCUACAAGAAGUUCAAGUACCGACAUCUGAUGGAGGAAUUGAAAUUAACGAGGCCCGAUUUCUACGUGCAUCUAGCUGGUUAGAAAAAGCUCGUUCUGGCGAGAUUAUCCUCUACCCGCCACAGUUUAUGCUCUUAUCACUCGUUUCGCAAUUUCUGGAUCAAGAUGGCAACGACAGUACAUCAAAGACACUCCAGCGACGCCGAGCGCAGCUUGUGGAGUUUGUGCACUCUGGAAGCCCGGCGUGGACCGACAAGUGCAUUUCGCCUCGCAGCAUGAAGCUGCUUGACGACAAUAGGGCAGUACUCACCCUCGACCAUCCAGGCCCGGAGCUUCAUGGUUCAAACAGAAAGGGAGAGAGUGAUAGGGUUAUCUUGGUGAAAUUUGGCAAGGAAGGCCCUCGCAAGGUUGAGGUGCGGUGGAAGAAAGAUAUUUUGAGGGAAAAUUCCAAGGUUAAUUUGUAG